AUGGAAGCCGGAUCUUCUAUGUUUUAUCCUAUGCAGGUCGUGGAUGGCCGAGUUCAUGCACUCGGAGGAUCCACUUUGAGAGAGGCGUGUGAAAGGCUUCCCGAAGUUUCACCUGGAGUCAAGUGCCCCAUAGGAGAAGCAGUGAUAACAGAUGCAACUGAAGGCUUGAAGGAUUUUUUUGAGCACAUUGUGCAUGCAGCCCCGCCAAUGUACACCUCAACAGAUUGGGAGCACAAGUUGUCAAGGUGCUGGAAGGCCGCCCUUGAGAAGGCUUGGAGCCUUGGCCUUGGAACUUCUCUAAAAGUUGCGAGCCCCUUGCUGGGAGCCGGCGCAUGUGGGGCACCUGUGGAGGAGGCAGCUCAAGUUGCAGCAAGGGCUUUUGUAAAGUGGGCAGCCACUCCAGUGGGAGGAGCAUGGGGAACGCGUGAAGAAGCUAUUGCUGCGACGGUGGAGGCUGAGGUUGUUCGCGCACUGACAUUGAAGAGUUUGAGUGAAAAGGUCCUUCUGCAACAGGGGAAAGUCAAAUUGCGAUGCUGUUUGCAGUGUGCAGUAGAGAAGAUAUAUAUAUAUAUAGUGUUUUGGAAGCCGAUGUUUUUGUGCAUGUUUGAGCAGAAGUCUUCUUUGCGUUUAAUUCAACUUUCAUCUCAAGCGCCCAGUAGUCACCCCACUACUUUUGGUGUGGCGGCUUUGGAAGAUGCUGUCUGGCCGUGGGCCAAGACCAGCAUGGUUCACUCCAAGGGAGAGUGA